GGGCGCUGUGUGUGUCUGCGGUGUUGCCUUUUAACUGUACACUCAAGUCGGGGUUAUGUCGGAGCUGUACUCAAGGACCGCGAAGGGGGGCUUGCACAGCAACAGGAGAGACUGGUGCGCGUUGAUGCUGGUGGACCGGGCGCGCCUCGUGAUGUGGUUCAUCUGGGACGUGAUACUGGCGCUCUUGGCGCCGCUAAGGACGCUCACAGGCAGCCCCGGGUACAGCACCAUCACCCUCGACAAUGGGACAAGGGUGAGGUAUCGCACCGCGCCGAUAGCAGAGGGAGGCUUUUCGUUCGUGUAUAGGGCUACCGACACCUCCACCGGAGAGCAGUACGCCCUCAAGAAGGUUUUGUGUCAGGUGGACGAGCAGAGGGAGCUGGCGGUGUCGGAGAUGCGGUCGCACCGGGAGUUCUCGCACCCGAACCUCAUGCCGCUCAAGGACUGGGCCUUCGUGCGGGUCCCUCAAGGAGAGACCGCCUUCCUCCUCUUCCCCUUUAUGGAUCGUUCAUUGAGAGACGUGAUCGACACGCGAUUACUCGGGGGCGGGCCGCCGCUAGGAGAGGUGGAAGCCCUCGUGAUUUUUGCUGGAGUGUGCCGUGGGGUAGAGGCUCUCCACCAGCACACGCCACCGUGGGCGCACAGAGAUAUUAAGCCGGAGAACGUGAUGAUGAGUAGAGACGGCACCCCGGUCCUCAUGGACUUCGGGAGCGUGGCCGCGGCCGAGCGCCGCGUUCGGGGCCGCACCGAAGCCCUGGCCGCCCAGGACGAGGCCGCCGUGUACUCCACCAUGCCCUACCGCGCGCCCGAGCUCUUCGACGUCGCCAGCGACGCAUGCCUGGACCAGAGGACCGACGUCUGGAGUCUGGGCUGCCUGCUCUACGCACUGAGGUACGGGUUCAGCCCGUUCGAGUGCGAGUUUGUCGGAGGAGGGCCGGGGGCAGGGGGCGUGAGAGUGGUAGAAUGCUCCUUUCUUCGGGUGAUCGGGCAGGUCGCGUUCCCCCCGUCGGACGUCGACGGUGGGCAGCGGCGAGGGGGGGGGGGGGGGGG